CGUGGGGGCGUCUCGCGUAUCUGUAGCUUCGAAUUUCAUGGGGCGUUCAAUAAUUGUUGGACCACGAACACGAAAUUGGUUCAAUCGACUGGUUGCUGUUGGCUCAUUUCGAUCAGAAUGAGAAUAUCCACGGUGCUCGGUCUUUUCGUCAUCUUCUUCCAUGAUGGUUCUGAAUGUAUCAGGCCGGAGAUCGAUUUGUUCCACGACGCGUGCAAAAAUUAUUUCAAUCCGCCGCCUAUGCUUAACCUGAAGAGGCAUCUUUUUUGUCAGUACGAUCGCACUAUUCGACCAACUCAUUCUCAGCUAAUCGUCAACAAUGUCACCAUGAAGAUGCUACCCAAAAUGCUGGAAUUUGAUGAGUGGAACAGCAGAUUGACAUUGCACAGUUGGAUUUCUCUUACGUGGACCGACUCUCAUCUCAAUUGGGAACCACAUGAUUUCGAUGGGAUCAAUUUUAUUCACGUAAAAAGCGAUGAGAUAUGGGUGCCUGACUUGUCGGUUUACAACUCGGGAGACUUAGCGAUCGAUCAGACAGGGAUACCACCGACCACUUGUCUGAUCUUCAGUACCGGAUCAGUCAGUUGCGUUCCGUCUUUGAGACACACUGCCAAAUGCGCGACGAAUUUCGCUUCAUGGCCCUACGACACUCAUCAGUGUCGAAUAAAUUUCGGCUCGUGGUCUCACUCUGGCGAGGAAGUGAAUUUCAAUUUAGACAAGAAGCCAUAUGAUAUAGGAGGUUUCAUGAACAAUAGUCAAUGGGAUUUCAAAGUGUUGGACGCGUACAAACUUCUGAAGAAGUACAAGUGUUGUCCGAACGACACGUACCCCAUAAUCGUUUAUGAGUUUUCUGUACGUCGUCAUCAUGGGAUGUUACAUACUACGUAUGUUACUCCUGCUAUAGCUAUGAUGCUUCUAACGUUGACGGUUCUUUGGUUGGAUUCGAGAUCAACGGAAAGAAUGGCGGUCGCUGGUGUGAAUUUAAUUUGCCACAUGCUCUGCAUAUUUGAUUUGCAUUGGCAGUUACCGCACAAUGGUACCAAUCCACCUAAUAUAUUACUGUAUUAUCGAGAUUCACUAGUCCUAGCAGUAUUCGCGUUACUCUUAACCGCGCUACUCCGCAAAAUGCAAGAGAUGAGCAUCGACGUUCCAAACUGGAUCUCCUCAACAACAACAUUCGUGCUAAGCAACCGAGCAGGACGUUUCCUCAUUCUCGCAGACGAUGACUCGAAAUUAUCCGCGAGUAUACUCGAACGAGACGCCGAAGAGAACUCUGAUCUACCAAAGUCAGAGGCUAGAUCCAAAGACUCCUCGUGGAGACACUUCGCAGCCAUCAUCGAGUGGUUAUCGUUCUUCGCUGUGAUUAUUGCUUACAUCGUCAUCUUAACCACUCUUGUACCAGCCACUUGAAAGGACGACCCUUUUUAUUAAUUCUACGUUUCAUCGAUUGUAGAUUCUCAUUGUCAAUAAACGAUCAUUUAUAUCGACUUUUCUACUGUAA